AUGUCAGUAUAUACGGUUCAUAAUCGGAAUGACAGUGAUAUCCUCAGUAUUCCGUCUUGCCAAAAGAAUUCAUCAUUGAAUAGCCUCUCUCAUAGCCGACUUAAGCAGCAUUUGAAGUCAGAUAUGUCAGCAUGUGAAAAUAAUGAUCCGUUACUGAGAUCUGCAAGUAAAGUUAAAGAUAUAAAUAGCACUUAUGUUAUUUCUGCCUGUAAAAAAACAGGAGAUCUACCCCUGACCCCAAAAUCGGUAGGUAGAUUGACACUUCAGAGAAGAGUUACAAAGAACAAAGAAUCAUCUUUGCUUGGUAGUGAGUUUGGAGAGUCUACUGAAAAAACAGAUGAAAAACAUCUUACAUUACAACGUCGUGUUAAAACAGAUUCUAUGGAAAAGUGGAAAACAACGCAAAAAACAGGAAGUGAAACAGAACGUGAUUGUGCUUCAUGGGAAACUCGUAGCAAUGGACAGACUGUAAAUACUGAUGAAAACAUUUUUGGUGCAUCUUCUGUACCUUUAGUUGAAGACUCAAAAAAGAUUGCAAUGAUGACUGAUGAGAAAUACAAAGAAACAUUUUCUGCCCCCAGUGAUAAAAAUGAAAAUGUUGCAUUUAAGUACUUAAGUACUAGAGCACCCAUUGGUUCUCGGAGUCAUACUGAAGUUGUUAGAUCAGGGCACUUGGCAACAAAACCUCUUCAGAGCAAGUUGUAUCUCAAAAUGUCCGGAACAGAAAACUUAUAUCAUAGAAGUAUUGGGAAGGACAUGGUAAAAAAUUCAGCUAAUAAAUUGGGGACCUUAGAAAAAGGAAGAACAACACCCAUGAAGUGUGCAGCAGAACACAAAUCAACACCAAAGGGCAGUGUGCAUCCGUUUAAGAGUCCAGCUGCAUCAACAUUGAAAAAUAAGGUGCCCAGCCUUCCCCCUAAACAAAGGCCAAACAGUUCUUUUCUUGUAAAUAAAAGUGAAAGGUCACAAGAAAACGUACUUCUGCCCAAAGAAGAAACCACAGCUCAGAACACCUAUACAGAAGCAGAUCCCGUAAAAGUGGAGAAUAGUCAAGUGACAGUGGCAAUACGUGUUAGGCCUUUCAGCAAGAGAGAGAAGAUAGAAAAAGCUUCCCAGGUGGUCUUCUUGAAUGGGGAGGAAAUAACGGUGCAGCAUCCUGACAUGAAACAAGUUUACAAUUUUGUUUAUGAUGUUUCGUUCUGGUCUUUUGAUGAAGUUCAUCCAAACUAUGCUAGCCAGAAAACUGUUUAUGAGAUGUUGGCGGUACCACUCCUAGAAAGAGCCUUUGAAGGCUACAAUACCUGUCUCUUUGCUUACGGUCAGACUGGCUCUGGAAAAUCAUACACGAUGAUGGGAUUGAGUGAAGAACCAGGAAUAAUUCCAAGAUUUUGUGAACAUCUUUUUUCUCAAGUAGCCAAAAAACAAACCCAAGAGGUCAGCUAUCAUCUUGAAAUGAGCUUCUUUGAAGUAUACAAUGAAAAAAUUCAUGACCUUCUGGUUUGUAAAGGUGAAAAUGGACAGAGGAAGCAACCUCUGAGAGUAAGGGAGCAUCCUAUAUCUGGACCCUACGUUGAAGCGCUGUCAAUGAAUGUUGUCAGUUCUUACUCUGAUAUCCAGAGUUGGCUAGAAUUGGGAAAUAAACAAAGAGCAACUGCUGCUACUGGUAUGAAUGAUAAAAGUUCCCGAUCUCAUUCUGUUUUUACUCUGGUGAUGACGCAGACCAAGACUGAAUUUGUGGAAGGUGAAGAACAUGAUCAUAGAAUCACGAGCCGCAUUAAUUUAAUAGAUCUGGCAGGCAGUGAGCGCUGCUCUACAGCUCACACUAGUGGAGACCGGCUGAAGGAAGGCGUGAGUAUUAACAAGUCCUUGCUAACUUUGGGAAAAGUUAUAUCAGCACUCUCUGAACAAGCAAACGGAAAGAGAGUUUUUAUUCCUUAUCGUGAAUCUGUUCUUACAUGGUUAUUAAAAGAAAGUCUGGGUGGAAAUUCAAAAACUGCAAUGAUUGCUACCAUCAGUCCUGCUGCCAGCAAUAUAGAUGAGACUUUAAGCACACUUAGAUAUGCUAACCAAGCCCGUUUGAUAGUCAACAUUGCCAAAGUAAAUGAAGAUAUGAAUGCUAAGUUAAUCAGAGAAUUGAAAGCAGAAAUCGAAAAACUAAAAGCUGCUCAAAAAAAUAAUCGGAAUAUCGACCCUGAACGAUACAGGCUCUGUCGACAAGAAAUAACAUGCUUAAGAAUGAAACUGCAUCAACAGGAGAGAGACAUGGCAGAAAUGCAAAGAGUGUGGAAAGAAAAGUUUGAACAAGCUGAAAAAAGAAAACUUCAAGAAACAAAAGAGCUCCAGAAAGCAGGAAUUACAUUUCAGAUGGACAACCACUUGCCAAACCUUGUCAAUCUCAAUGAAGAUCCUCAGCUAUCAGAGAUGUUGUUAUAUAUGAUAAAAGAAGGAAAAACUACAGUUGGAAAGUAUAAACCAAACUCAAGCCAUGAUAUUCAGUUAUCUGGGGUGCUGAUUGCUGAUGAUCAUUGUGCUAUCAAAAAUUUUGAUGGGACAGUGAGUAUUAUCCCAGUUGCAGAAGCAAAAACUUAUGUAAAUGGAAAACAUAUUUUGGAACCCACAGUAUUACAUCACGGUGAUCGGGUAAUUCUUGGAGGAGACCAUUAUUUUAGAUUUAAUCAUCCAGUGGAAGUCCAGAAAGGGAAAAGACCAUCCUGCAGAGAUACUUUCAUAAGCGAGGGCCCAAAAGACUUUGAAUUUGCAAAAAAUGAGUUGCUCAUGGCUCAGAGAUCACAACUCGAAGCAGAAAUAGAAGACGCACGGUUAAAAGCAAAGGAAGAGAUGAUGCAGGGAAUCCAAAUUGCAAAAGAAAUGGCUCAGCAAGAGCUUUCUUCUCAAAAAGCUGCUUAUGAAAGCAAAAUAAAAGCACUGGAAGCAGAACUGGAAGAAGCAUCUCAAAGGAAGAAAAUGCAGGAAAUCAAUAACCAAAAGGCUAAUCACAAAAUUGAGGAAUUAGAAAAGGCAAAGCAGCACCUUGAACAGGAAAUAUAUGUAAACAAGAAGCGAUUAGAAAUGGAGACUUUGGCUACAAAACAGGCUUUAGAAGACCACAGCAUCCGCCAUGCACGAUUUCUCGAAGCAUUAGAAACUGAAAAGCAAAAAAUUGCUAAAGAAGUACAAAUUCUACAGCAGAAUCGGAAUAAGCGGGAUAAAAAUUUUAGAAUUCAGCCAAAUUGGAGUUCCAUGAAACUCUCAAUGAUGAUUCAGGAAGCCAAUGCCAUCAGCAGCAAAUUAAGACAAUACUAUGUUUUUGGCAGACAUGAUGCAUCAGAUAAUGAAAGCUCUGAAGCUUCUGUUGAAGUUCAAGUUCGUAACCUGAGACUAGGAAUCUCAACUUUCUGGAGUCUGGAAAAGUUUGAAUCUAAGCUUGCAGCAAUGAAAGAACUUUAUGAGAGUAAUGGUAGUAACAGGGGUGAAGAUGUCUUUUGUGACCCUGAAGAUGACUGGGAACCUGACAUUACAAACGCACCAGCUUCUUCAUUUUCUAAAAGGAGGAGUAGGAGUUUGAUGAAGAACAGAAGAAUUUCUGGUUGUUUACAUGACAUACAAGUCCCCCUGAUAAAGAAUUUGAUUUCUUCACAUUCUUCAGGUUUAAUGGAGAAAUCAAGUACCAUUUGCUCAAAUUCACCAGAAUCAUUUCUUCCUGGAAUUUGCAAAGAAUUGAUUGGUUCUUCAUUAGAUUUUCUUGGACAGAGUUUUAAUGAAGAAAAGACUAUGGCAGACAGUCUAAUUGAUAACUUCCUAAAAAUUUAUACUAGUGUAUUUAUCAUUUCCAAAACUCAUGAAGAACAAGAUGAAGAAAGUCAUGAUAACUUGUUCUCUUCUGACCGAGCAGCCCAGUCACAUACCAUCCAGGUAGCAGGCGCAUUUGAGCAGCUUGUGGUACUAAGCAAGCACUGGCUGAAUGAGUUUCUACCUUGUACAAGCACUGCAAGACUUGAAGAUGAAUUGAGACAAGAAGUGAAGAAACUGGGAGGCUACUUGCAGUUGUUUUUGCAGGGAUGUUGUUCAGACAUUUCAUCAAUGGUAAAAGAGGCUGAAAAGAAAGUGAUUCAAAUUGUACAGCAAGCUGUGAAGUAUGUGGGACAAUUAGCAGUUCUGAAAGGGAGCAAGCUCCAUUUUUUGGAAACCAGUAGCCAUGACGCUAACAGUUUUCAGGAGGAUUUUAUGGAUGCUAUUUGUGAUGGUGUUUGCUUAGGAAUGAAGAUUCUGUUAGAUUCUGGACUAGAAAAAAGCAAAGAACUUCAGCAUCAACUCUUAAAGCAGUAUGCAGAAAGUGAGAUUACCAAACAGAUGAAAGCUAAUGCCACAGGAUUGAUUAGAUCUCUGGAAAAUGUCUUUGCUGAAUGGAAAACGAAAAGUUUCAGAGCUCAAGUACAAGAAGAAAACGUUGGCUAUCAACAUCUGAAGAAGAUGAUUAAUUUUGCCCCAGAAUUCUUGAAGUUAAAACACUAUUUAGAACAAACUAUCCAAGUUGUUAUUUCUACACUGAGAGGUUCUUACAGUGAUAUAAAUCUUCUCAAGAACUGUGUUGAAAGCAUUUGCAACUUGGCCAAUGAUUUUCAUAAUUACUUCAGUGUAUCCUCUACUUCUGUCAACAGCUAUGAGAAUAGAAUGCCCCAAGUUAGCCACAAGGAACUAGUAUCUGUAGCCAAGUCACUUCUCUUUUGUUUUGAGUCAGAAGGAAAAGCUGAUUUGUUGAGGCCCUUGAAAACUUGUAAUCAAGUUACCAGAGAACAACAUUCUAACUGCAGUAGGACUGAAUUCAGUAAGGAAAAAGGUGUCCCAAAGCGGGUCUAUGAACUCUCUGGCUUGUCUCCAGCAGUGGUCUCGGAGCAAUGCUCAUCGAGUAGGAUUCAGUGGGUGUGA